AUGAACGUUAACGGUCCAGAGGCCUUCAGACGGUUCACUCAGCAGCUUCAACGUGCUAGUGGUGGGAAGGGAAGCUCUGGGUUCCCGGGUGGGAAGGGUUUUACUGCUGGAGGCGGCUUGCUGCUCGCGCUCAUCGGUGGCGGACUCGCGCUCAACGCGAGCUUGUUUAAUGUUGAUGGUGGCCACCGAGCCAUUAAGUAUACGCGAUUGGAGGGUGUGAAGAAGACCGUCUAUCCGGAAGGAACCCAUCUUAUGAUCCCAUGGUUUGAAACACCAAUUAUUUUCGAUAUUCGUGCAAAGCCUCGCAACAUUGCCAGUCUCACUGGCACAAAAGAUCUGCAAAUGGUGAACAUCACCUGUCGUGUGCUCUCUCGACCAGACAUGCCUGCAUUGCCCACAAUUUACCGGGAACUCGGAACUGACUAUGACGAGCGCGUCCUGCCGUCAAUUGUUAACGAGGUGCUGAAGAGCGUGGUCGCUCAAUUCAACGCAAGUCAGUUAAUCACUCAGCGUGAGAUGGUAUCGCGAUUAGUUCGAGAAAACUUGACGCGCCGCGCGUUGCGCUUCAAUCUCGUGCUUGACGACGUUUCCAUCACUCAUGUCGCGUUCUCUCCCGAGUUCACACAUGCUGUCGAGGCCAAGCAGGUCGCACAACAAACGGCGCUUCGUGCAGCGUUCCUCGUUGAUCAAGCUAUACAAGAAAAGCAGUCCAUUAUUGUUCGUGCCCAAGGUGAGGCGAAGAGCGCUGAGCUGAUUGGAGAGGCUGUGCGCUCGAAUAAAGGCUUCCUGGAAUUACGGCGGCUUGAGGCUGCUCGUGAUAUAGCGAAUCUAUUGGCAUCAUCCGGCAACAGGGUCAUGCUAGAUGCUCACAGCCUUUUGCUGAAUGUCGCGGACGAUGCGACUGACCUGCUCCAAUACAAGAAGAAAUAG